UUUGCCUUGUGCUUUGUAAAUGUCACCAUUUAGGAAGAAUAGCAGGUAGAUGUGUGAAAGCCCACGGCUGGUCGGUGUCGUGAGGUCCGAUUUGAAGCUCACAAAGGACAAUUCAACUGCAACUGCUGUUGUCACCACCGACCGUGCUCCGCAGCAUGUGACCCAGCGGACAGGCAGGGCGGCUCGUGCAGAGUACCGUGGAACACAGAGUUCUAUUGGACAGUGUUGAACGAGCACACCGAGGAGAGGAAACCGAGACACAGCAGGAACCGGCAGCAGGCUCAUACACAUCGAAGUCAGCUUCGUUGAAACGGCACCGAGGACAAAUUGCUGUUGCAGCCUUUCAAGCCAAGAACAUCAUCGGGAAAGGAGAUGAGCACCAAGAGGAAGUCGGAGAGUCACUCCAGGGCAGCAAACAGACCACGCAUGACAAAGUCUGGAUCCUCCGGGGCUGAGUCAGAGAGAGACUCCGGAUUCUCAGAUGCAAGCUCGGAGCACAUGAGCACAAUGGACACCACAGACUCCGAGAAGUCCCCCAUUCGUGUUGUACAGAAUGGACUGCAGACUUCUGGCUCGGGGUCCCAUUCCUCUCAGCUGGCUGUAGUGGGAGGCUCCUACUCUAGCCUCUCUCCCAUGAUCAUCAUGAACAACGUCCUCCUCAAGCAGCCGGUUGAAAGUCCUCCUGCUGUGAAGCAGUGGGGGUUUAGUCCCACAGUGGAGGUGGUUCAGCCUGUGGUCCAGCAGCCUCAGGUGGUCUUCCUUCGGCCUGUGGUCUCUCGUCAAACUUCCCCUGCUCCCAAAGAGGCCCCCUCUAGACAUAGACGCCCCAAGAAGUAUCUUCCAAUCCUGAAAUCCUACCCCAAAAUAGCUCCACAUCCCGGCGACAGCUCCAGUUCCUCAGGGAGAGGAACUGCUUCCUCAUCUUCCAGCAACACCUCUUCUUCUUCUCACUCCUUCUCGUCGUCCUCUUCUUCUUCACACUCGUCCUCUUCUUCUGGCUCAGAGAGGGGAAGCAGUUUGACCUCCAACCACCGGGAACACUGUCAAAGAGAAAAGCAGAAGAGAAACCUGUGUGGUGGCGCUAGUAACUCUGCCUCGACCACUCCCAGUCUUCCUUCUACCCAGAGCACCACGUCUCCUCUGCUCCAGAGACGACUCUCUCUCCCCACAGCAGAGGCCAGUGCCAGCAGCAGCCCUGCCAGGGAGAAGCCUUCAUCAGCUGUCAACCAGGCCGAGUUUUCCACCUCCCUGUCCGUUACUCAUACAGACAGGGCUGUCCAAGAGGAAAGCUCAUCAGCAGAAUGUGACCACAGUGACAGUGACGCUGAUGCGAAGAGGAAGCGCUUCUGCAACACGUACAACAUCUUGAGCAAUUCCGGCCUGCUGGACAUCGCACUCCGCACCAAGGAGCUCCACAGGCAGAACCGACGCACCCAGAGCGACCUAGACCGGCUAAAAGAGCACACGGACCUGUUCCUUCAGGCUCUGUGCAGCGGCGACACCAGCAUCUGUUUGAAGCUGCUGGCCAGCCUUCCGGUGGAGGGAGGAGAGAAGGAGAGAGCUGCUCAGACCAGAGCUGCUCAGACCAGCUUAAAGGCAGAUUAGACCUGGACUAGUGCUGGGCUGUAAGCGUUUAGACUGAGGGGGGAAAGGCAGGCCGGUGGAGGGGGAGUGUAUAGAGACAGAUGGACCGAAAGUAAUGUUCUCCACACUACACCCCCCACCCCUAGACUGUCUCGCACACAGAAAGUGUGCUGUGGCCUACUUGUGGCUGCCUUAGGGCCCCGACACACCAAGCCGACCUCAAAGAGUCGGUGCAGAUAAAAAACAGUUUUCGCUGCCACACGUUUUCUGUGGAAAGUUGCACUCAUUGUAAGACUGUAGCUGGUGGCAGGCUGACAGCCAACAUACACAUAUGUUCUGCACCUUUUGUUUUGCUGCAUCCUGUCAGACAGUUGUCUUUUUAGCUUGUGGAAAAAGAAAACUACACUUAAACAGAUUUGCGAGGCCUCACAGAGCCCCACCUGUAAUUGCCUCUGUCGCUGUUUCAACGAGAUGAAUCAUCCAAACAACCACAGGAAAGGCUGAUUAGUGCAAUCAGUGAAGGACUCAAUCUGUGGGGGAUGGUCAGCCACACUUUAAGUGCUGCCCAUCCUCCUGCUGUUGCUUGGUGUGUUGGGGUCAAACAAGCCAGAACCACAGCGUCCUGUUCUGCCAUACUGAGCCUGACUAAGGUGCUGUUUACACGAGAACGCAAACGGUGUGUUGCACGGAUACAAACCAUUUUUUUAAACCCGAAAGCACAAUACAGGCUCAGAAUCUGAACUCUUUAUUUGAAUACUGGACCUGUAAACUGUAACGUUGCAUGACAUGGUGUUCUCAACGAAAUUGUUUAAAUAUCAGCAUACUGCUCUUUCUAACAACACAUGUCUGAUUUCAUUAAAUGGUAUUAGGUUGGUCUGUUUCAACAGUUUUGCAUCAUUCAUGUUUGUCCUCGAGGCCGUUUUCUACUGAUAUGUUGCUUCACGUGCAUCCAGUUAACUGUCAAAGUGUGUAUUUAUGUAAUGAAGCCGUUUUGGGGUGUCAGGAUAACUGUCAAGGCCAACAUUCUGAAAACUUGAUGAAACUUGUUUUUCUAUAAAGCGGUAGGUACUGUCAAGGCUCAAGACUAAUGGCGCUCCGUUACCCUGGUGUCCAUGGAAAAUGAAUUUGGGAUGCAAUAGACUAAUGUUUGACACCUCAAGGGGAUGCACCAUAAUUUCCCCCUGAUAUUUAUUAUUGUUAAGAAACAUCAAAUCUGUGUCAAAAUGUGCAGGAAGAAAGCUAGUUAAGUUAUCUGUUAGCAGCUGUUGAACAGAGGUGCUAUUGAGUUGCAUUAAUGAGUGCUCAAGCUAUAUUCAUUGAAUUAUAACGUUAAUAAAUACAAUAGUUUAAAGCAGUAUAAAAUAGAUACUAAGCAAGAGAAGUAUCACUUAACAAAAAACAGUAAAGCAACUUUUAAAAGGAGUGUAUGUGGAAGUACUCUAAAUGUAUUUCCUUUUUACCUUGGCAUCAAGACAUUUGGGAUUGAAUUGGUUACUACAUGUCUGUUAUCGUGACACCCCUACAGCAGUUACAGUUAUGUCAAAUCGUUGAAUCUGACAGGCUUGUGAAACUCUUCUCCUGUCACAUGACAUGUGUCCAUGGCCUCCUGCCAGUCAGUGUAAACAUGUGCCUAACAUUUCUUUAUCUCCACUGCUGCAUUUUGAAACCUGAUGUGACAUAUUUGGCAGGCCCUGUUGACGGUUUAUAAUAGUUUUGCAUUCUCUACAUGAUGAUGGGGAUGAUUGAGUCUAUGACGAACAUCAGCUUAGGUUUCUUGUGGAAGACUGGCUCAACUUUUGGUCUCAUGAAUCCAGAUUUCUACUUAUAUUUGACAAUGGAUUUCACUGUCCAAAUUAGGCACCUUUGUGGAGUUUUGUAUUGCCUGAUAGGAACGUUUGUGUAUGUUAAUAAGUUAUGGCCUUAAUAUCCAAACCCAAUGUAUGUCAAAACUUUGCAUUUGCACUAAAAUAAACUGAGAGCCGCUCUGAAGCAAUUUCUGAGAAGCAUUUGAUGGCAGCUAUGGUACACAAUCUGCAUACAUACUUUCCUACA